AUGAGGCCAUCUACCUCGCUUCAAGUCUUCUGCCUUCUUGCCCUGGCUUCAGCGCAGCACGCGUCUGCGAACAAUGUUUACCAUCGUCAGGCAUCCUCUCAGCCGGGGAUUACGGGGACAUCGUCCACUACUACGUCUACUUCAUCCACGACGUCGUCUGUCUCUGAAAGCACCUCAACGGUUUCUGCGACACACUCGUCUACCACUACGUCGACUACCUCUUCUACAUCUACUACGUUAACCUCCCAGGCUUCCUCCCCUGCAUCCAUUACUCAACCUCCUCCUUCCUCUCCCUCUCAAUUUACAACGAAAGAUAUCAAUGGGUCUGAGGUCACAGUGACCGUGACGACAACCUCAUCAUCUACCUCUGCCUCUCCUACCCAGACGAGUGGGGGUAGUUCUGAUAGUGGCGGCCUCGGUACAGGUUCUAUUGUCGGCAUGUCGGUGGCCGGCGGUGUUGCCGUAAUUGGCAUCAUCGCCUUCUUUGUUUGGAAAUUCACAAGAAAACGGUUCGCUGAUUUCGAUGACAACGAAGCCAUCAAAUGGCCUGAUUUGAAUACGCAUGGAGGAGCAGUUGACUCGCACCCAUUGCCUGUUCAUAACACUGGUCGAGCAGGUUUCGACACUGGCUCAGAACCGUCUCUUUCUCGCGUUCCGUCAUCUACUUACUCGACCCCCGAUUUUGGUGCCAAUGGGCCAGACCCCUACGCCGUCCCUCCUCUACCCCAUUUGAAUCCAAACCAACCUUAUCGAGACGACCCCACAGGUGCAACAGGGUAUUAUGACCCAUAUCGCGGGCCUGUGCCGGGCACUUUAGAGACAGGGGUUCCAGGAGGCGAGUGGGGAGGAGAAGCUAUUCCAAUGACUCAAAUGAAUCAACCGGCAUACGGUGUAGAACCAGCGGCCUACGAGGUUGGGCGAAGGAGCCCCGGGCCCCAGGCGGCGUAUGGCGUUGAUCCGGUUUACAAUUCGGGCAGGCAAAGUCCUGGAGCACAAGUUGCAUAUGGAGGAAGAUCAUCUCCCGGCCCACAAGCUGCGUAUGGUGGAGGUAGAACGUCACCUGGUCCACAAGCUGCGUAUGGCGGUGGGCGGUCAUCACCUGGCCCACAAGCUGCGUAUGGCAACGGGCGGUCAUCUCCUGGACCCCAAGCCGCGUACGGUGGUGGUCGGACUUCACCGGGGCCAAAUGUAGCGUAUGGUGGUGCUAACAACGAUACAUACGGUGCGCGGUAGAUUUGGGAAUACAAGUGUGCAAAAAGGUAUUGACAGGUCUUUGGUAUAUGAAUUUCGAUAAUACAUUAUCUUUAUACAU